AUGAAUUCACUUAUUAAAAGAGUUGAAAAGAUUCAAAGAGAGACAGUAGACGCAAAAGACAAGAAUAAACAAUUACAAGAUGAAGGUGAUGUCGAUGCAUUCACUCUAUUAAGAAGAAAGAUUGGUCUUGAUGUAAAGGGUAUUAAAGAGUUAAUUAAAGAAAGAGAUGAAGCAGAAGAGACAAUGCCAGGAUCAGUUAGAACAGUUGAAUUGUCACAUCAAAUUCGUAGAGCCAUUAUAGAUAUUAAAGCCGAUGCACAAAAACUACAGAGAAUGUAUGACAAGGGUCAAGAGAGAUACACUAAAAAGAACAAAGAGAAUGAAGAAAAGUUAAAGAAGCUCGAGCUGGAAAAGGAAGUGUGCGAAUUGGUUUGGAGUCAUAUCAGUGAGUUGGAAUUGAUCAACAAAAAGAGAGGAGGUGAAAGAAACGCUUUCAUCCCAUUGGAUCCAUCAACUUCAUCAGCUCCCAAACAAUUACCUGAUAUUGAUAACGACGAUUUUAGAACACUUAGACAAAAUGAUCAAAAGAUUGAUGCUAAAUUAGAUAUUAUUAGUCAACAUUUACAAGAGACUGAACAAAUUGCCAAGGUAAUGGGUGAUACUGCCAAACGUCAAGGUGUAAUGCUUGACAACCUCAACGACAGAGCAGACGAUCUCGACACUAAAUUGGAAAAUAUUAAUAUCAGACUCUCUAAAAUGAUCAAAGAUAUUAGAAAGGCCGACAGAUUCAUUAUCGAUGUUAUUCUUAUUUGUGUUUUACUUGGUGUUGGUGGUUUUAUUUAUUCCAUCGUUAGAUAA